AUGCAAGCUCUUGUGGAUGACAUGAAUGCGAAGGUUGCAGAGAUCAAGUUGGGUGGCGGAAAGGUGGCUCGAGAGAGACAUCUGGCACGCGGCAAGCUACUUCCAAGAGAUCGUGUUGAUCGUUUAUUGGACAAUGGAUCGCCUUUUCUUGAAAUUGGUCAGUUUGCAGGAUAUGAGCUGUAUGAAGAUAAGGUCCCUGCAGGAGGAGUCAUUGCUGGUAUUGGUCGUGUGAACGGUGUCGAGUGCAUGAUUGUCGCUAAUGAUCCCACCGUUAAGGGAGGCACAUACUACCCCAUCACUGUCAAGAAGCACUUGCGCGCACAGGAGAUCGCAAGGGAGAACCGUUUGCCCUGUAUCUACUUGGUCGAGUCUGGAGGAGCCAACUUGCCUCGUCAGCUGGAUGUGUUCCCCGACAAGGAGCAUUUUGGACGUAUCUUUUUCAAUCAGGCUAACAUGUCAGCCAUGGGUAUUCCUCAAGUAGCUGUCGUCUUGGGAUCUUGCACGGCCGGAGGAGCUUAUGUCCCUGCUAUGGCUGAUGAGAGUAUUAUCGUCCAGAAGCAAGGAACUAUCUUUUUGGCUGGUCCUCCUCUUGUCAAGGCUGCUACUGGAGAGGUCGUCUCAGCCGAGGAGUUGGGAGGUGCUGACAUGCACUGCAAGGUUUCAGGAGUUACAGAUCAUUUGGCUGUCGAUGACGAGCAUGCUCUCGUACUUGCCCGCCGUGUUAUCGGUAACCUCAAUUACCAAAAGAAGCCUCAGUUGUUGAUGAAGAAGGUUGAGGAACCUUUGUACCCUGCAUCGGAGUUGGGUGGCAUUGUGGGCGACAACCUCAAAAAGUCGUUUGAUGUUAAGGAUGUAAUAGCUCGUAUUGUGGAUGGAUCCAAGUUCAGCGAAUUCAAGGAAAACUAUGGAACGACUGUUGUCACUGGAUUUGCACAUAUCCACGGUUACCCUGUAGGUAUUGUGGCCAAUAACGGUAUCUUGUUCUCGGAGGCAGCUCUCAAGUCGGCUCAUUUUGUACAGUUAUGCACGCAGCGCAAGAUUCCUCUUGUGUUUUUGCAAAACAUUACUGGAUUCAUGGUGGGAUCAUCUGCUGAACAAGGCGGUAUUGCCAAGAAUGGAGCCAAGAUGGUCACGGCAGUCUCAUGCGCACAGGUACCCAAGUUCACAGUGAUUAUUGGAGGAUCAUUCGGAGCUGGUAAUUAUGGUAUGUGCGGCAGGGCCUAUUCACCCCGUUUCUUGUGGAUGUGGCCUAAUGCCCGUAUCUCAGUCAUGGGAGGCGAGCAGGCUGCAGGAGUAUUAGCAACAGUCAAGAAGGCUGGUAUGGAGAAGCGUGGUGAGGUCUGGGAUCCUAAGGAUGAAGAAGAGUUUAAGAAGCCUAUCAUUGAUCUGUACGAGAAGGAGGGACAUCCCUAUGUCUCUGGUGCCCGCUUGUUGGAUGAUGGCACGAUCGACCCUGCAGAUACCCGUGCUGUUUUGGGUAUGGCCCUGUCCACAGCGCUCAAUGCACCUGUCACCGAGACUGAUUUUGGUGUUUUCCGCAUGUAA